CCUCCUGAGGCCGGUCGCGGCGGCGGUGGCUGCUGACAGGAGAGGCCUCCAGCAGGUUGCCGGCUCCCGGCCUGAGGUUACCCACCCUGCCCCAGCUUCAUGAUACGGUACAUUUCUGACCACUAUUAAGAUGGCUGCUACAAUAGUGCAUGAUACCUCAGAGGCCGUGGAACUAUUUGCCCCACAGGGCUUAUUUCUGAAGCCGAUUGCUAAGCUGACUCUUAGCGUAUCACUCCCCCAGCUGAAGCAACCAGGUAAGUCCAUAUCAAACUGGGAGGUGAUGGAGAGACUGAAGUACAUGGUUCACCCUGAGCAGUUUGCUACACUCCGUGUGUCCAAGAGCACAAUGGAUUUUGUUCGCUUUGAAGGGGAAGUCGAAAACAAGAACAUGGUGAAAACCUUCCUGUCCAAACUGGACAGUAAGACUAUUAAGCUCAGUGGCUUCACAGAUACCUUAAAAGUACGAGCAGCUGAGGUGAAAAUAGACUUUCCAACCCGCCAUGACUGGGAUUCAUUCUUUCGGGAUGCCAAAGAUAUAAAUGAGACUUUACCAGGUGAGAGGCCGGAUACCAUUCAUUUGGAGGGACUGCCAUGCAAGUGGUUUGCUCUGAAAAACUCCAGUUCGGAGAAGCCAAGUGAUUUCAUCCUGCGCAAGGUAUUUGAAACAUUUGGGGAGAUCCGAAAUGUGGACAUCCCAAUGCUCGACCCUUACAGAGAAGAGAUGACUGGGAAAAACUUCCAUACCUUCAGCUUUGGAGGUCACUUGAACUUUGAAGCGUACGUGCAGUACCAGGAGUACAUAGGAUUUGUGAAGGCAAUGGACGCCCUGAGGGGCAUGAAACUGCUGUACAAAGGGGACGAUGCAAAGGCAGUGGCCUGCAGCAUAAAGGUUACCUUUGACACAACAAAGCACCUAAGUGAUGCUUCCAUCAGGCGGAGACAGAUGGAGAGACAGAAGCUACAGGAGCUGGAACUGCAGCGAGAAGAGCAAAAACGUCGGGAGAAAGAGGAAGAAGAGCGAAGAAAGGAGGAAGAAAGGAAGCAGAGAGAGCUGGAAGAGCAGGAGCGGGAGAAGAAGAGAGAAGAAAAGGUUAGGAAGAGGGAGCAGAAGCAGAAGGAGCGUGAAGAGCGGCGAAAUGUGCGCAAGCUGCAACGGGAGGAGCAGAAAAGACUGCAGGAAAAAAUCGCUCUGGAGGAACGAAGGCUCCUUUUAGCGCAGAGGAACCUGCAAUCUAUCCGCCUUAUUGCAGAGCUGCUGAGCAGAGCCAAGGUUGGGAAGCAGCAGGAACUGGAAGCACGUGAAGCAGAGGCGGCCCGACUGCAUCAGCUGGAAGAGAAGAGGCGGCAGCAAGAGGCGGAGCUCCGGCGAGUGGAGGAAGAGAAGGAGCGUGUGGUGGAGCUGCAGCAGAAGGAGAAGGAGCUGAGGGAGAAGCUGCUGGAGAACCUGAAGCGGAAGGAAGAAAGUGAGAGCCAUCAAUGUAGAGCGGAGCUGAAGGUGGGCCUCGGAGACCGGACAGCUGGGAAUGUGUGCCCAGUGUUGGGUGCAGCCCCCACACAGGCCGCUACCUGUCUGCUCGCAUGUCCUGGUACUCUCAGCCAUGGCAAGAAAGUGCCACUUGCUCAGGAAGUCAAUGGAAAACCGGAUGCAGCCGAAAGAUUCACCGGUGGUUUGAGCCAGAUUCAGACACAAAGCGAUAUCGUUCCUAUUCCGCUUCCAGGUGAAUGUAAGUCUGUGCAGAGCAAGGAGCACAUAACAACAUUACCUAAUAGUAAAGGCUGCUCCCUGCAGGAGUGCACUGGGAAAAAAGGUAAAUACCAAAAUGGCCCCAGUCAUGCAGAAAAAGACCUUGAAACCAAUGCUGUCAAGGUGGAAGGCGGCCAAGUGCAAAAGGACUUGAAGAGGGCUCACAAAUCACGUAAGAGCAGCACAAGCAGUGAUCGCAGUAGAAACUGGAGGGACUCGAGUAGUGACGGCAGCUGCCAUCAGAGGGAAUGGAGCCGGCACCAGGGCCGCUCGAGGAAGGAAAGUACUCGACGUGGCAGGGACUCGAGCCGGGAGCAGAGCCGCAACUGGAAAGGCUCCAGCAACGAGCAAAGUUGCAGCCGACAAGACCAGAGCCGUGCGGGGAGGCGAUACCGAAGGAAUGCCAGCAGGGAUCGGGUCCGUGUCCGGCAGGGAUCCAGCAGGGAGCGGAACCGCCGUCGGUAUCCGAGCAAGGAGCAGAGACAGCGGAGGGAUGUGAGUGGGGAGCGGAACCGUCGUCGGAAAAGCUCAAGCAGGGAACGUAGUCGUCGUCAUAGGGACACAAGCAGGGAGCGUAGCCAUUAUAAAGACUCCAACACAGGACACAGCCGCCAUCGGAGGUAGUCAAACCCUUCACUUGGCUGGCUGUCAUCACAGGGGAAACCAGAGAGCAGCAAAGUAAGCAACAAAUGUGAAUUCAAUGGUUUAUAGCGAUCUACAGCAUGGGAAAAGUCCCUUUGGCCCAUCACGUAUGUUGGUAAAUAUAAUACAAUACUGAAUGCUUAUUGGAACAAUUCAUUGUAAGCAGGGAAGAACACUGAUUGAAAAGCUUGUGGAAUAAGUAAAGGUAAAGUCACCAUAGACCCAGAGAGCCAUUGAGCUGUUGUCUCAUCAAAGAGAUGACUGAUGUGUGGGGGUGGGGGUUUAUAAAGCACUCUUCUUAUUGUAAACAGAACAAGGAAAACAGUAGAAAAUAAACAAUCACGAGUGUUAAAAAUUGGAUUUUAACAUUGGGCAUAAUCAGAUGUCACAACAAUUCUCAGAACUAGAGCAUGAAUAUUCUGUUGGUUAGCACAAAAUGUGUGUAAGCUUCCCUCGUUAUUUUCCCAAAAUAAACAUUUGGAUGUACACCGUAAACUUCUAAUGUUUUGGUUGCUGAUUAACGUUGAAAGGCAGAAUUAAGAGAAUGCUGGAGGUGGGUAUGUUGUGAUGAAUAGUUUGUUAUGGCAGUUACAUCUUGAUGGAUAGUAGAGUUAUACAUAAGGGGGCUUCUGGCCUCUAAUACUGCUGGUAAUAAUGCAUUUCCAACUUUACCACAUUUUGCAAUGCAGAUCCUCAUUGUACUGUGAAGAACCUAAAUAUACAAUGGGCAGGGGGAGAGGGGAGAAAAUGUGAAAUCCUUCUUUCAGGGAACAUUUUUGUUAGAAUUUUUGGCAGCUGUCUUUUGGAAGUUUUUUGGGAUAAUUUUGGUGCUAGAAGUUGUAUAACGGGACAGUUUGCAACUCCUCAGAAAACCAGAGUCCCAUUUCUCUGCGUUCCCACAGUGGUUAUUGCUCUGAUUUGUCAGCUUGAUCUUGGUAGGUUGGCAAUUCUUUAGGUGGUGCCGUUGUAGUCCCAGACACUCCCCCUUGACACAAAACCGCACGGAGGUUUUGAAAAUGAAUGUUCCCUGUUUUUCUUUUAGCUGAGAGAAAAAGUCAGGACAUUUCUAAGUAGACUGCCUGAAUAAGUGGCAGCUUCUCAGCUGUUUACCAACAACUCUGGUAAAUCCAUGGCUCUGUAAGUUGGUUUGGGAAGUGUCAAAUCAUUUUCAGAGAAUGGGACAUUCUCAGGUGACCGUCACUGGAGCACAAUGCAAUUGAGCAUACAUCUGUACAACACAGUGGGAGUUUGAAUCAUAAGCUCGAAACAACUAGCACAUUAAGCACGUUUUCUGUCUUGCCAGCCAAAGCGGUUCAGUGCACGAUGCAAGAGUAUGUGGCUCAACUCUUAAAAUAUGCUAUAUCUUGCAUGUAAUGUACAGUUAGAAUAACUCAUUUCAUUAGAACAUUCAGUUGUGGUUAUUUGGUACAAAUUAAAUGACAUACCAACACAGAACAGGGAGUGCUGGAAAAAUACUGAAGGUUCUGACGUAGGGUCACUGGCCUCAAAACGUUAACUCCACUUUUCUGUUUAUAAAUGCCAGACCUACUGCGUUUCUCCUGCACUCUCUCCCUCUCCCUCUCCCUCUCC